AAAAUUAUGAUGUCAUAGAUGCUGUAGGAGAAGGAGCUUAUGGAGUUGUUUGUUCAGCUGUACAUAAACCAACUGGGCAAAAAGUUGCCAUUAAAAAAAUAACUCCUUUUGAUCAUUCCAUGUUUUGUUUACGUACACUUCGAGAAAUAAAGCUUUUAAGAUAUUUUAAUCACGAAAAUAUUAUUGCUAUCUUAGAUAUUGUAAAGCCAGUAAGUUUUGAGAAAUUUACUGAAGUUUAUCUUAUCCAAGAACUCAUGGAAACUGAUAUGCAUCGUGUAAUUCGUACACAAAACUUGAGCGAUGACCAUUGCCAGUACUUUAUUUAUCAAACUCUUCGUGGUUUGAAAGCAUUACAUUCUGCCAAUGUACUUCAUCGUGAUUUGAAACCAAGUAAUCUCUUAUUAAAUGCUAAUUGUGAUUUAAAGAUCUGCGAUUUUGGACUUGCGAGAAGUGCAAAUUCUAGUGAUGAACAUAGUGGAUUUAUGACAGAAUAUGUUGCUACUAGAUGGUAUCGUGCACCUGAAAUUAUGUUAACGUUUAAAGAAUACACCAAAGCAAUUGAUGUUUGGUCUGUUGGUUGUAUUUUGGCUGAAAUGUUGAACGGGAAGCCAUUGUUUCCUGGAAGAGAUUUUCCAUUUUCUCAGAUGUUUCCUGAGGCAAAUCCAUUGGCUGUAGAUAUGUUGGAGAAGUUGUUAACAUUUAAUCCUACAAAGAGAGUUACCGUUGAAGAAGCUUUAACACAUCCUUAUUUGGAACCUUAUCAUGAUCCUGAAGAUGAACCAAAUGCUGACCCAAUUCCAGAAUCUUUCUUUGAUUUUGAUAAACAGAAAGACCAUUUAACUAAAGAACAAUUAAAACAACUUAUUCAUGAUGAAAUUAUGAGACCAAUAUAA